AUGAACAAAAAAAUAAAUAAAACAACAACAGAUAAAAAUAAAAAAACCCAAGGUGGUGGUUUCAGAAAAUGUUUAUUAGUAACAUCAAUUGUAAUUGGUUUAUUAUCAACUUUAAUACCAUUAAUAUUUAUUGGAUUUUGUUCACAAGCAUUAUUAUAUUUCCCAUGGUGGCGUGGAGUUGUUGCUAAUACUACUACCAAUCCAAUGAGCGAAUUUUCAAUAGAAUACGAAAAUAUAUCAUUCAAAUCAUUCGAUAAUGCAAAUUUAACAAUUAAUGGUUGGUGGGUACCAUCCAAGGAAUCAAAUAAUCAAAAUAUUUGUAUUGUUUCAGUUCAUGGUUCAGGUAGAGAUCGUUACGAGUGGUUCAGUCAAAUCCCAGUUUAUCACAAUGAAGGUAUCUCCAUUUUAACAUACGACUCAAUUGAUGGGGUAGGUCAAAGUGAUGGCUUAGGUCGUGGAAUUGGUUAUAGCUAUAGAGAACAUAAAGAUGUUCGUGCUGCUAUUAGAUUAUUAAAGGAUCCAAAUCAAAAAUAUAACCAACAUUGCAAAAAGAUUAUUCUCACUGGUAUGUCCCUUGGUGGUGGUUCUGUUAUUAUUGCUGGUGCCAAAGAUAAGGAUUUAAUCGAUGGUGUAAUUGCAGAAAGUCCAUAUUCAAAUGCCCAAAACGCCUGGAGACACAACAUUUUUAGAUUUUUAAAUCAAGGUGUAAGCUCUUUCUUCCCAUUCAUCAAAGCACCAUAUGAUGAAAUUCUCUUACCAAAGAAUCCACCAGAAUGGAUAGUAAAAACUAUCUUAAUGAUCACCGAAAAGCGUAUUCUUUUCACAGACACCAACAUCACCGAAAAUGAUACACCAAUCAAUUAUGUAGAUAAAAUUUCACCAAAACCAUUACUUUUAAUUCACGCAACUCACGACCCAGUAGUACCACACAUCGAAUCUGUUCGUCUCUAUGAAAAAUCUAAUCAACCAAAAGAACUUUGGACCGUUUAUGACAAACACACACAUCAAACUGCUGUUCAUUCCGCUUCAAAAAGUGAAUAUUUAGAAAAAUUAAGAAACUUUAUUAAGCAAUUAUAA